AUGACGACAGAGACGACAACUACCACUGUACCAGGCAAGGGCAUCGCUACCCCCUCUCCGCUACAGCGUGAUCUCGUCUCAAACUGUAACAAGUUCUAUUUUGUUCAAAAAGGCGAUAACUGUGCUGAUAUUGUCAAACAAUACAACAUUGAGCUGUCGGAAUUUUUCGAAUGGAACCCCAGAACCGGCAGUGGCUGCUCCGGCCUCUGGGCGGACACCUAUGCCUGCGUCUCCGUCAUUGGCUACGUCCCCAAGCCCAAACCCAAGCCCACGUCGACCAAGCUGACGCCCACGGGCAACGGGAUCCCGGCGCCGCUGCCCACGCAGCCCGGCAUGACGGAGGGCUGUAAAAAGUUUCAGUUUGUCAACCCGGGCGACACCUGCGCGGGUGUUGCCUCGCGUGGCGACGUCUCGCUGUCUGAUUUCCUCCGGUGGAACCCAAAGGCCGGAAGCACCUGCUCGGGCCUGUGGGCAAACUCGUACGCCUGCGUUGGCAUGGUUGCCUUUUCGCUCAAGUCGCGGUACCGCACAGACUGCAGCGGCGAGGUGCACAACGCCGUCAACGUCGACGUGGGCGACGGCCAGUGCGUAAACACAGACUUCAGCGUCGGCAGCCUGGAGAUUGCGUCGGCCGGCCUCUGCCCGGACGGCGAGGUGCAGGUCAGCUACUGGGAGCAGCCCUCGUGCCAGGGCAAGUGGUACGGGUACGGGUACGCAAAGAGAGGAGAGUGCCGCCACUUGUGGACUGAUGGGUGGAAGUUCAAGGCGAUUCACUUGCGCUGCACAAAGAGCCAGGAUGACUGUGUGAACCAGAGCCAAUGCCUGUAUGAGCCUGAGCCGUUUCAGGGUGUUUGCUAA